UGUAUUUCCAUGUUGUGUGUGCUGUGGGAGACCAGAUAUAGUGAAUGCAGGGUCCGGGGAGAGCGGAUAUAGUGAAUGCGGGGUCUGGGGAGAGCGGAUAUAGUGAAUGCGGGGUCCAGGGAGAGACGGAUAUAGUGGAAUGCAGGGUCCGGGGAGACCGGAUAUAGUGAAUGCGGGGUCCGGGGAGAGCGGAUAUAGCGAAUUCAGGGUCCGGGGAGAGCGGAUAUAGUGAAUGCGGAGUCCGGGGAGAGCGGAUAUAGUGAAUGCAGGGUCCAGGGAGACCA